AUGACUAUUUUCCAAUCAUCACAGCCUCCCGUCAAAGUUCCCAAUGAUACACCGGUGUGGACUUGGUUAUUCGAGGGCGAGGAGAGUCCACUGCGCAGAUUCCCCCCGGAAGCUGUGAAUGGCUUCUCGGACGCCGCGACGGGAGAGCACAUCAGUUUCAAAGACCUCAAAGAGCUGAGCACCUACGUAUCGACCGCCCUGGUGCAGAAAUAUGGCCCUCGACAGGGCGAAUGUGUGUGCCUCUUCAGCCCCAACACCAUCUGGUAUCCCUGUGCCCUCUUUAGUGUUCUGCGGUCCGGCGGCAUCGUGGCCGGCCCAUCCCCCGCGUACAAUGUCGAAGAGAUGGCAUAUGCGCUUCGACUCUCAAAGGCGAAGCUCAUAUUCACGGUGCCUGGCUCUCUGAAAGUUGCUGCGGCAGCCGCCAAAACGGUCGGAAUCACCCCGGAUCGGAUCCUGAUGCUCCACGGCGAGGUGGACGGUCAUGUAUCGCUCUCCCAGCUCAUCGACAUCGGCCGGUCGCAAGGGCCGCAGCGACAGACGGCACCCUUCACGAUCCCCCGCGGCCGGCAGAACAAGGACGUCUGCGCGUUCCUCUCCUUCAGCAGUGGUACGACGGGCCUCCCCAAGGCGGUUGUGAUCUCGCACAGCAACAUCAUCGCCCAGUGUCUGCAGAUGAAACAGGCGGGAGCCAAAAUCGACCGCAUGAUUGCGGUCCUCCCCUUGUUCCACAUCACUGGGCUGGUUCACCAGAUGCACCUCCCCAUCGUGCUGAACGCCAACGUCCACAUGCUUCCGAGCUUCUCGAUGGACCUGAUGCUGAAGGUCGUGCAGGAGUACCGACUACAGGAGCUAAUGCUGGUGCCACCGAUCCUGGUGCGCCUGGUCCACGACAAGUCGAUCGAGAACUACGACCUCAGCUCGAUCCGGUAUUUCACGUCCGGGGCCGCGCCUUUGUCGGCUGAGAUCAUCGCGCGUCUCCAGAGACUGUUCCCCAACGCCGGACUCAAACACGGAUACGGCAUGACCGAGUCGGGCGGCUGCAUCACCGUCACCACGCCGGACAAGUACGACUUCAAGAACGCGACCAAAGCCGGCACUCUCCUCGCCUCGACCGAGAUCAAGGUGGUCGAUCCCGAGAGCGGUGCAGAGCUGGGACCAAGCACACCCGGCGAGAUCUGGGCCCGAGGGCCGCAAAUCACCACGGGCUACCUGGACAACCAGAAGGCGACCGCCGAGACGUUUGACAAGGACGGCUUCCUCCACACGGGUGACAUCGGGUACAUUGACGACGAAGGAUUUUUGACCAUCACGGACCGGCUCAAGGAGCUGAUCAAGGUCAACGGCAUUGGCGUCGCCCCUGCCGAGCUGGAAGAUUUACUUCUCGGCCACGCCGACGUGGUCGAUGCCGCCGUGAUUGGCAUCCCUGACGCGACGUCCGGGGAGAAACCCAAGGCCUACGUCGUCCUGCGCAGUGGGCUGACCCGUUCGCCGGAGAGCGUGGCCAGGGACCUGAUCAAGCUGGCGCAGGAAAAGAAGGUGCGCCACAAAUGGAUCAGCGAGGUCGAGGUCAUCGAGGCCAUCCCCAAGGCUCCGUCGGGCAAGAUCCUGCGCCGGGUGCUCCGGGCCCAGCACAAGGCCGGGAAGAGGGGACUGGUGGUGCUGCGCGAAGCCGGUCCCCGGGCCAAGAUUUGA